GCAGGGGUGGGGGUGGGAGAAGGAGAGAGGAAGCAGCACCACCUGCUUGUAGGAAGGGGAAGAAUCCCCUUCAGGUGACAGUUCUUUUGGAAAGAGUUUACUGGAGGAGGAGAAGGGAUGUGAGACAAAAAAUUGGCAGCAAGAAGCUUGAGGGGAAUGGUUUGUUUUCUUUCAGUAACCCCUAAUAGAGCCAUCUUGAAGGUUGUGUGGGCAGAACUGUAGAAGACACUGAUCCAGACAUUUAUUUUCCUUUUGUGUCAUCCUAUGCUUUAAAUACAUGUAUUCCCUGCUUCCUUGCUUUAUCAGACUUCUCUCUCUGUGAUUUAUAAACCAAAUCCUUUAGGAAGGCACGGUCACUGCCUCAAGCAGCUGGAGCCCAAAAACUGCAGUGUGUGAUUCAACAGCCAUGAUAUCACAGGGGCCUCAGAGGAUGAAACAUUGGGAACACAACAUGAGGAAUGUGGCCAUAGAUUCAGGAAGCUGAGAGUGGGAGGAAGAAAUCAGUUGCUGGAGUAGACAUGCAGAUGUUGAGCAAAUGGGAAGAGAGGUGACUAAAGAAGAGAUUUGCAUAUGUAGAAAGUAAUGAAGUUGAGUCUUUGCUCACUGAGAGAGAGGACAGUGUGAGAAAUACUUUAUUAUACAAGAAUUAGAACUCAAGAGAGAUGUCCUUGGAGCAUCUCUGAGUAGGUAUCUAAACAAAGCCUCGGUAGUUCCCAGGAGGAUGUUAACCUGUGCUCAGGCUGAAUUCUCUCCUGUGUUCUGUGGUGGAAAUGGAUUUUCAGCUACUUACCUGAUAAGUUGUGAGAGAAUAGGUGUACCAGACUGUUGUGCUGUCACCUUCAGUGCCUGGGCACUGUCCCUUUAGGAAAAGGACUGUAACAUGUGAUGUCUAGCAGAGGACUGGCCUUGGUCUAAGAGAUCUUUUCCAGCUGAUUGUUGCUUUGAUGAUGGAUGUACCAUAAGGAGAUAGAUCCAUUAUGCACAAUGGCAGCAAAGAGUGAGUUGGUGUUUGGCUGAGCUCUUCUAUUUAUUAUAUGACAAAAUAAAUUGAAGCAAAUUUUCCCUUUGUGGAGAUUAAUAAUUCUUGCUGUCCCAGCCCUAGUAUGAUUUCCAUUUUUAACUCACCAGUAAAACAUAAAUAAUGUGGUUUUACAUUACCGGAUUGAUAACAUUCACACAGGGCCACAGUUCCUUGAAACAGUGUGUGCCUGUGAUGGAUGGGAAUGCAGAAGAGGUGACAACAGUCCUGACUCAAUCCUUAAUGAGGUUAGAAGCCUUCUUGCUGCAGCAAAAGCAUGUUCCUGCUAAAGGAUCUCAGGAAAUGCACUGACUCUGCUUUCCAGGCAAACUAGAAUAAUUGAGUUUAAGUGUGGAUAAAGUUUUUUGCAGGCAAAUGUGAGGUUCCUUUUGAGCAUAAUAAAUCACUUUCAUAUUAAAAGCUGGAGGAAGACUCAGAGUUGUAAAACCCCUUUUGUACCAGUCUUGGUGCCCUUGCACAUGGCUGGGGUGACAUACAGUUGUCAGAGAGCUCAGUCAUGAGAGGAUUAAGCCGAUAGUCCCUGCUGUUAUUGCUGCAGGGAACCUCAGGCUAUGGCAAGGCUCUUUUACACUGGGAAGUAAAUCACAUUAGCUGGUUUAUGCACCAUUAUUGUAAAGGGGAUUCUCAUUUGAGGUACUGAGUGGCUUUAUUCCUCUCUGAGCACGGAAGUGGUCUUUUCCCCUUGCUCUGCUUUAAUAUUCCUCCUUUCUCAUCCCAGGUUAGGGGGAAAAAUGAGUGUUUGGCAGCCACUGGCUUAGAUUUUUCAGCAGAUUGCCCUUAGUGAGCCUCACAGAGGUUGCUGCAGCUGAAGUCCCCCGAGAUUUUUGUCUCUAUAUUCUUGUGUAGUCGCAGCAUUGAAAGAAAUGGUCAUUCUUUAAUAGCAAGUUGGCCAAGAAAAUGCGGUUAUUGUUGAUUCUAAUUUUUUUGGUGGUGGUUUUUUCUGACUUUGAGAGCUUACCUCUGAAGCUCUAGGUGAGCUCACUGGUUUAACUUGUGUUUAAAACACUUAGAUACCAAACACAAACCAACAGUGAUUUUACUGUUAGGGGUUUUCUCUUACAGCACCGUUCACUCUUGAGUGUUUGUGGGGGAAUCAGAGAUGCACCUGUGAGGGGAUACAUGUGGAGCUGUGGUGGCCCAGGGUGUCUAAUGCUGAGGCAGCAAAGCUAACAAGGACAUUGCUGUUGGAUAGGCAGUGAGGUGCUUUGCCUUCUGAGCAGUGCUUUCCCAUCCUCUGGAGCUGAAUGCAGUUCACAGGGAAGCUGCUGAUUUAAUAAUACGGCUCUGGAGAAAAUACCAUCCUGCAGGAGCAGGAGGAAGGAGUUGGAGAGGGUUGGAGGGUUGCCAAGGUCAAAAGGAGGUUUUAAGUAAGAUUUCAAAAAAAAAAAAAAAAAAAAAGAACUAAAGAACUGUCAGACAAUGACACAAAGAUGCUUUUGAGGCAUCAGGAGCAGCAGAGGAGUUUUGUCAUUAAUGAAAUUUUCUGGAUUUGAUGUAAAAUGCAAAACCUAAAGAGAGAUGGCCGUAGGUCUGUGACAGCAGCAGGUCUCAGAAGGUGUUGAGAACAGGAAAGUGAAUGUGAAUGGUGUUCUGAGAAAAACCUGUUGUCCUGAAGGGAUGGUUAAUUUAUUUGCACAGCUCAGAAUGAGCUAAUGUUCCACUAGAGGAGAUAUUUCAAAAUCACAGGAGCUGUGUUGUUUCUUCGAUUGUGCUGUGUCACGAUUCACACAAUAUAUGGUGACACUGGACAGUCACUGCCUCACCACUGCCUUACUGGAGUGGUACUGGACUAUAUUGAUACUCUUUAGUUAUGCCUGUUACUAUUUCAGCUUGUGUCAUCACCCAGCACAGAUAGGGUGAGGCAUGCCUGUUAUUUGUGGAGGAAAAUGCUGUGUCUGCAGUUACCAUGCAAAAUUACUGUAAAUGCUUUAACAUCUCCCACUGGCAUUGCUUCUUGCUCAUGUUUGUGAUGCUCAUUGGAUUGUGUGAGAGCAUUGGGGUGCUGGUGGAAUUUUGGGUGACUAUUGGGUGAUGUGUCAUAAUUGACUAAUCUUUCAACUUCCAGAAAAGUAAGAACUUACCAAAAGAAAAAAAAAAAAUUAUUUGAGCCAGGCCUCUUAUAUUUUAUAGUGGAGAGAAUAUAGGUGUGACAUACAUUACAUGUAAAUUUAACAUGAGUUUAAGCAAGCUGUUUGGAUUACUGUUUUACUAAACCUCUACAUGGAUUUUUAUUAGAAAAUGUAGCCUGUUUUCUGGAUACUGAGAAAAAAAAAGAGUUUAUCCUAUCACAAUGCCUUUUAUCUUUAAUUAUCUUUUUUUCUUUUAGAAUUUCUGCAAUUGAGUUUCAAUUUCUGUUACACAGAUCUUUAUGGUAAUCCCUUGGACACAGCAGAGCUUCCCAUUGAGACCCUGCCUGAGCCCUUCAGUCUCCUUUGUACUCAAGUUGUAAGUUAUCCGUGCCAAAAUGACUCUGCAGGAGUGAGUCAGCAUCUUCCUUCAGACCUUCAUUGUCUGCUGGUAGGGAAGCCAUGUUGCUGAAGAUCACCUUGUCUUCUGGAAGCAGAAACACAAUGAACAGAUGAAUCCCUUCAGCCAGAUAUUACUCCAGUAGGUCUCCUCCUCCUCAUGGAGCACACAGGCAGGGAGGAGAUGGACUUGAAAGAGGAAAGUCCUCAGGUGUGGACUGAAUCUGCAGGACAGGAACAGAAUACUGCUCAGGUGCACUUUGUCCCCGAGGGGGGGGCAGUGGCCCAGAUCAUGUACAGUGAUGAGCAGGAGCGCGGCCCUGCACAGCAGGUGGUUUACACGGCUGACGGCACCUCCUACACCUCUGUGGACACCUCGGAGCACACCCUCGUUUACAUCCACCCCGUGGAAGCUACGCAGACUCUGUUUACAGAUCCGUCCCAAGUGGCUUAUGUCCAACAGGAUGCUACCACCCAGCAGGUAACGGUGCUCUUGCCUGCUGCUGCUCAGAGCAUGAAUCCCACCAACCUGUCUGUGCUCGGCAGCAUUGCUGACCCCCCCCAGCCAGUGGCUCUGGAGCAGGGGCCACAAGCAGAUAGAGCAUCGUUACCGGUGCAUAACCAGGUGAUACCUCCUAUGGAGGCUGUGGAUGGUUCUGAUCCUUUGGCACCUCUACAGAAUCAAAUGGAAAGGAUAGAAACAAAAGAGGAAGAUGAUGAGGAUGAAGAUGAGGAUGAAGAUGGUGAAGACACUGACAUGGAUGAGUGGGAUCCAGAUCCACCUCGACCCUUUGAUCCCAAUGAUUUGUGGUGUGAAGAGUGUAAUAACGCACAUCCCUCAGUGUGUCCAAAACAUGGACCUUUGCAUCCCAUCCCAAACCGGCCUGUGCUGACCAGGGCAAGGGCCAGCCUUCCCCUGGUGCUCUAUAUAGACAGGUUUUUGGGAGGUGUGUUCUCCAAAAGGCGCAUCCCAAAGCGUACACAGUUUGGGCCUGUGGAAGGACCCCUGGUCAGACAGACUGAGCUCAAAGACUGCUAUAUCCAUUUGAAGGUUUCUCUUGAUAAGGGUGACAGAAAAGACCGAGACUUGCAAGAGGACUUGUGGUUUGAACUUUCCAGUGAGGCUCUGUGUAACUGGAUGAUGUUUGUGCGUCCUGCUCAAAAUCACCUGGAGCAGAACCUGGUGGCCUAUCAGUAUGGCCAUCACAUUUAUUACACCACCAUUAAAAAUGUGGAGCCCAAGCAGGAACUCAAGGUGUGGUAUGCUGCCUCCUACGCUGAGUUUGUGAACCAGAAGAUCCAUGACAUAACUGAGGAGGAAAGGAAGGUGCUCAGGGAGCAGGAAAAGAACUGGCCAUGUUACGAGUGCAAUCGGCGUUUCAUGAGCUCGGAGCAGCUCCAGCAGCACCUCAACUCCCAUGACGAGAAGCUGGACUUCUUCAGCAGCAGAACCAGAGGCCGAGGUCGUGGGCGAGGAAAGAGAAGAUUUGGACCAGGCAGACGCCCUGGGCGCCCUCCCAAAUUCAUGCGCAUGGAAGUAACCAGUGAAAAUGGUGAAAAGUGUGAAGAAGGAACACAGGACUUGCUGCAUUUUUCCAGCAAGGGGCAGUUUGAUGAGGCCGGACAAGCCCCACUGAAUGGGCUGGAGCAGCAGGAACAGACUCCAGUGCCAACAGAGCCACAGGCAGCACUGGAGCAACAGGAUAACCAUGUGCUUCAUGUACAGCCACAGCACGAGGGGAACACGGUGCCCACACAGAGCACUGUGACAGCAGAUGACAUGAGGCGAGCAAAGCGCAUCAGGCUGGAGCUGCAGAAUGCAGCUCUGCAGCACCUGUUCAUCCGGAAAUCCUUCCGCCCGUUCAAAUGCCUGCAGUGUGGGAAGGCCUUCCGGGAGAAGGAUAAGCUGGACCAGCACCUGCGGUUCCAUGGGCGGGAAGGGAACUGCCCUUUGACCUGUGACAUCUGCAACAAGGGCUUCAUCAACAGUGGUGCCCUCGAGGGCCACAUGAAGUUUCACAUGGACCAGAAAACAUACUCCUGCAUUUUCUGCCCUGAGUCCUUUGACCGCUUGGAUCUGCUUAAGGAUCACGUGGCCAUCCAUGUCAAUGAUGGCUAUUUCACCUGCCCCACCUGCAAGAAGCGCUUCCCAGAUUUUAUCCAGGUCAAGAAACAUGUGCGCAGUUUCCAUUCUGAGAAGAUUUACCAGUGUACAGAGUGUGACAAGGCUUUUUGCCGUCCCGACAAGCUGCGACUCCACAUGCUGCGGCACUCAGACCGCAAAGACUUCCUGUGCUCCACCUGUGGCAAGCAGUUCAAGAGGAAGGACAAGCUGCGAGAGCACAUGCAGAGAAUGCACAACCCAGAGAGGGAGGCCAAGAAGGCUGAUCGGAUCAGCCGCUCCAAAACCUUCAAGCCCCGGAUCGCGUCCACUGACUAUGAGAGCUUCAUGUUCAAGUGCCGCCUCUGCAUGAUGGGCUUCCGCCGCAGGGGCAUGUUGGUGAAUCAUUUAUCAAAGAGACAUCCAGACAUGAAAAUAGAAGAGGUGCCAGAGCUCACGUUGCCCAUCAUAAAACCCAACAGAGAUUACUUCUGUCAAUACUGCGAUAAGGUGUACAAGAGUGCCAGCAAACGCAAAGCACACAUACUGAAAAACCAUCCUGGUGCUGAGCUACCUCCAAGCAUCCGGAAACUGCGUCCUGCAGGACCGGGAGAGCCGGAUCCUAUGCUAAGCACCCACACACAGCUGACAGGCACCAUUGCCACCCCUCCAGUGUGCUGCCCUCACUGUUCCAAGCAAUACAGCAGUAAGACAAAGAUGGUGCAGCACAUCCGCAAGAAGCACCCAGAGUUUGCUCAGCUCCCAAACACGAUCCAUGCGCCACUGGCAACGGCUGUCAUCAGUUCCACGCCAGCUGUUCUCACCACUGACAGCACAACUGGAGAAACUGUUGUGACAACAGAUUUACUGACCCAAGCAAUGACAGAGAUAUCCCAGACCCUGACUACAGAUUACCGGACUCCCCAGGGAGAUUACCAGCGCAUCCAGUACAUCCCUGUGUCUCAAUCCACAACUGGCUUGCAGCAGCCUCAGCACAUACAGCUGCAAGUUGUUCAAGUGGCCCAGGCUACCUCACCUCACCAGUCCCAGCACUCCACAGUGGAUGUUGGGCAGCUCCAUGACCCUCAGACAUACACCCAACAUGCCAUCCAGGUGCAGCACAUCCAGGUGACAGAGCCAUCACCAGCAACUCAGUCAUCAUCACAGGCUGGGGGUCAGCCUUUGAGUCCCUCCUCGCAACAACCUCAGCAGGAGCUCAGCCCCUCACAGAUGCAGACAACUACAUCGACACCAAACCAAGCCCUCCAGCAGCAGCAAGGCUCCUCAGUCCAGCACACAUAUCUCCCCAGCAACUGGAACUCAUUUCGGAGCUACUCAUCAGAGAUUCAGAUGAUGGCCAUCCCCCAAGGGCAGUACGUGAUCACAGAGACUGCUGUGGGUACCCCGGUCACUACUGUCAACACAGGGCAAGUAAAAGCAGUUACUCAGACUCACUACGUGAUAUCUGAAGGUCAGCCUGAUCUGGAUGGUAAACAAAACUCUUCACUCUCCAAUGAGGUUUCCCAGCCCACAGCCCACACAGAUCCCUUGGAAUCCCAGACAAGCAACCAGCAGCAAACCACCCAGUACAUCAUCACGACCACCACCAACGGGAGUGGCGGGAGUGAAGUGCACAUCUCCAAACCCAGGACUUUCUCAGCAGAGCAUGAGUGAAAGAGCCAUUUGCUUGUCCUUGUCACCUCCCUGACAGCCCAGAUGUGGGGGUACCCUGGGGCUCUAUAUGUUUUAAUGUAUAUGCUCACUUACCUUCCACUAAAAUCUCGGAGCUCUUGUUAAUGCUUUAAGAGGGUUUAAUUCACAGUGACCAUGAAAUACCCUCAAAAUCCUUCUGGGAUGCUUUUUAUGCAGCUUUUAAGAAAAAGGACAAGAGAAGUGAAACCUCUGCUGGCCCCGGACUUUAUUUUUAGCAUGUCUGCUGACCCUUAUUUUUCCUUUUUGGAAGUGUGUCCAGCAAACAAUAUUAUUUCAGCUGUAUGGGAAAAAGCCUGCCUAAUUGAAGGCUUCCUGGCAGAUUGUCAUAUGUAUAUUUUUAACAGGAGCCAUUAAGCAGGAGAACAUCAUGUAAGUUGUUAGAAUAUGGCAGAACUGUUUCCUGUGGCUUCUAGCAGCCAAGGUGAAGGGAUGAUAUGAGCAGACUGCCUGCAGAAAGGAGCAGCAGCAGCCAAGUGGUGGUUCGUGGUGUCCCCUUAUGGGGAUGGAUUGAACAAUGAAGCUGUGAAGAUGUGCCGAAGCAGUCCAUUAAAUUAUUAUUUUUCCAGCCCUCCAGAACAGUUUACAUGCUGCCUGCCCUGCCCUGUUUCAGAAAGCAGGAAAAGCACAGUCUUAAGCCCAUGUUGUUUGGAACAAACUGAUUGAAGUCCUAGGAGCACCUAAGUGUAGUACAGAGCCACUGUUGCUUCUUUUCCCUCCAGUGUUUGCAGGGAAAAUUGCUUUUUUGCCUGUAAACAAAAAAAACCAACAGCUCAACUAAACUGACAGAGCAACUUCUGCUGUGAUCUAAGAUAGUUGUGCAGGAGAAAAUGAGGAUACAGAGCACUCCUCUGAAGGGACAGGGUCAUUAUCUGUGUGGUCACCUCUAAGCAAACAUACUUUUCCUUUUCAAGACUGGAUGGAGAGUUGGUUUCUUUGAUUAUUUUUUUCCAAAUAACCUGUUAACAAUGUACUGUAAUUCCCUUGGACAGUUCCAGAAAACAACCAGCUCUGGACUCAGGAAACAUAAAAGAAAUGUGCUAGUGGACCACUAUUUAUGGGACAUGGAAAGCCCAUCCAUGAGGGUUGCCAGAUGUGAUGGAGCUGGUCUAUGUACAGAAUUCAUGUUGCAUUUAGGGACCAGGAGAAAGGGAAAGAGAAGGUUUAUAUUUUAAGGCCAUGUAAUGUUUUUCCUUACGUAGUUCUCCUUCACAGGUUGUCUUGGUUGUUUAAGGCAUUCUGGUGGUUGCAAAAACAUGACUAGAACUCCAUUGACUCCUGAUGGGAUAUACUGUGUAUGUCUGAAUUUCCAUUCAUUGCUGGAAAACUCAUCCCAGAACAUCUGUGCAUAUCAGGAUACAUUUAUUUAUAAAACAAACACAGAGAAGGGUGCUGUGUCAUAGAGGUCCUUGAGACAGAAGAACUUAAAUUUUUUUGAUUUGUUUUCUCUUGUACUGCACCGAGUGUGAAUGUGGGGGACUCUUCCAUAGCUAUUCCCAUGGAUUCGGGUAUGGAUUACCCAUGUCAGUAAGCACUACAUGUUGUGGUAUCAGGUUUUAUGGAGUUAAAGCUCUUUGACAUGAGGGAACUCCACACUUAAGCUGCAGAAAAGCAAAUCUGCUUCCUUGUGAGCAAAGCCUUGUAGCAGGUAUGGCUUCGGUAACUAACGUAUCUGUUAAUGUGGCAUGGAAAUAGUACUGAGAUAAAUCAGUUGGCCAAUGCUGGCCAGCUGGGAAGUGUUCUGAGGUAACGCUGAAGUGACUUGCCAAAAUGUGGAUUACUUUUGUUCCUGGGAUUUCUCUUCUCUUGCUGUACCACCAUACUGGGGCACUAAUGAGCUGGGUAGAAUUAAUGUGGACCAGAGCUCUCAUUUGGUCAAGUGCAGUGAUGACUGACCUUAAAUUCUGUAGAUUUGGCAGCCCAGCCACUGUGGCAGUGUGGAGAAACAAUCACAAUGCCCAGUAACUUGAAUUCAUGUUGCUGAGGAUUUUGGAAUUGCAGUUUUGGGCCUUGCAAUGUUGUUUGCGUGGGAAGAGAGUAGGGAGAAUUUUGUCUUGGCUUUUUUCAGGCUGCUGCUAAUUUAAUAACAAGCCAGAAAUGCUACAAGUAGUAGGAAAAUAGCAGACUUGGAAAUGGGAGACUGGGAAUGCUGGAAUACUGGAGGAUUGCAGGAGCAAUUUUGAGAGUCUUAAAAGUUUGACAAUAGAUGAACAUCAAAUAUGUUCCCAUUAUUGAUACUGCAGAUGUGGGGUUUAAAAACUACUUUGCUCUAUUCAGCUUUGUUGGAACAGUCCAUAAAUGAGGACAGUUGUACCAGUUAUUUAAAACUGAAAACUAUUUCAAACAGAAAACCAUUUUAAAACAACCUUUUUGAACUCAGAUCUCCCUCAUCAAAGUUUCUCUGCCCUGCAGCAGCACCCUCGGGCUAUUGGCCUGAUUCCAGGUGAAGUAAUUGCUAGUGUCACAAGUUGAAUGAAUUGCCUGUGAAAGAAGCAUGCCUGGAAAUGGAAGUACCACAGAUUUUCCUCCCAAAAUAAGGAACUACAGUGAUUGCACAGAUGGCAAAGGUUGCAGGGAAUUUUUUUCUCCAUUUCUGCAGCGCAGAAGAUAUAGGAUGUAUUAUUAUUGUUUGUAAACCAGAGCAACCCAAAGAUCUCUCUAAGUUGUAUCCCACAGAAGUGUAAAUCCAGAGUCCUCUUAGUUGCCUGGAAGGUCUGUGUUUUGUUUGGAGAUGCUGUCCCUUGGAGGCGUUCUGGGUCAGAUUCUGUAUUUUCCUGGAGGAAAAAGAAAACAACCCCAGCCUGCGCACCCUGAUCUUGCACGUCUUGGACUGCUCAGGCCCCAUCUAUUAUUUAACUGUGUAUGUUUAUUGUACAUUUGGUGACUGUUGUGUUCAGAGUCUUGUGCAACCUGGCAGGUGUAAAAAAAAACAAAAAACAAAAAAACAACAAACCAAACCAACCUGAAAAUAAUAAAUCUGUUUCUCUUUU